UUCAAGUUUCUCUCACUUUCAUAUAGCCAUGGCUAAGUUUCAGAACUUGUUUACAUGGGCAGUGUUCAUGAUCACUCUUUUGGCUCAAGCCAUGGGCAAGAAAAUCACCGUUGGUGCAAACGCCGCACACAAUGACUGGGACAAUGCACACGCAACGUUUUAUGGUGACAUGGGUGGAGCAGAAACCAUGCAGGGGGCUUGUGGAUAUGGUGAUCUCUUCCAACAAGGCUAUGGCUUGGAGACAACAGCUCUAAGCACGGCACUAUUCAACAAUGGGCUUACUUGUGGUGCUUGCUUUGAGGUCAUGUGUGUAGAUGAUCCACAAUGGUGCAUACCAAAUUCUGGCACAAUCAAAAUCACAGCAACCAAUUUCUGCCCACCAAAUUGGGAUCCAGCUCCUGACCAUUGGUGCAAUCCUCCAAUGAAACACUUUGACUUGUCCAUGGCUAUGUUCACAAAGCUUGCACAGGCCAAAGCUGGCAUAAUUCCUAUCAAAUAUAGAAGAGUACCUUGUUCUAAAAAAGGAGGGGUUAAGUUUGAGCUCAAAGGAAACCCGUUUUGGCUUGCUGUUUUAGUGUACAAUGUUGGUCGUGCUGGGGAUGUGACAAGUGUCAGAAUCAGAGGGUCUAAGACUGAUUGGCUUCAAAUGUCACGAAAUUGGGGCCAAAUUUGGCAGAUUGGAAGCAACAUGGUAGGGCAAAGCUUGUCGUUUCAAGUCACUACAAGUGAUGGGAGAACACGUAAGUUUGAUAAUGUUGCUCCUGGAGAUUGGCAAUUUGGCCAAACCUAUGAGGGGAAGAAUAAUUUUUAAUUUAGUCCCUCAUGGGACUUGUUUUGCACCUUUUCCUAUGUAAGAAAUUUUUAAGAAUCAUCUUGUAAUGCAGAUGGUGAAUAAUAAUAUGGUGCUCAUUAAUUGUGAAAUCCAUGAUAUAUUAGCGGC